AUGUGGGCUGAGGUGUUGCUUCUGCACUGCAGGGCCGGGCUGCGGCCGUUCCUGCCGCUCCGCCUGCAGCACCGGGCGGCGGGCGCCAUGAGGCUCCAGUCGCCCCAGUUCCAGGCGCUCUUCACGCCGGGGCUUCGCAGCGUGGCAGAAAUGUUUGAGAAGAAGAACUACGAGCUGAGAAUAGCAGGAGGUGCUGUGAGGGAUUUACUAAGCGGAAUGACACCACAGGAUAUUGAUUUUGCCACUACAGCUACACCAGCAGAGAUGAAGGAAAUGUUCACAUCUGCUGGCGUUCGUCUGAUCAACAACAAAGGAGAAAAACAUGGAACCAUAACUGCCAGGCUCCACGAGCAGAACUUUGAAAUCACCACCCUGAGAAUCGACGUCGUCACUGACGGACGCCACGCCAAGGUGGAGUUCACCACUGACUGGCAAAAGGAUGCUGAAAGGAGGGACCUGACUGUCAACUCCAUGUUUUUAGGUUUGGAUGGGAUGCUGUAUGAUUUUUUUAAUGGCUAUGAGGACUUGAAAAACAAGAAAAUCAGAUUUGUGGGAAAGGCAAGUGAGAGAAUACAAGAAGAUUAUUUACGAAUCCUGAGAUACUUCAGAUUUUAUGGAAGAAUUGCAGAAAAUCCUGGUGAUCAUGAACCUAAUACACUGCAGGCCAUUAAAGAGAAUGCCAAAGGUUUGGCUGGAAUAUCAGGAGAAAGGAUUUGGGUGGAACUGAAAAAAAUCCUGCUUGGAAACCAUGUCAGUCAUUUGGUUGGACUUAUGUAUGAGCUGGAUAUUGCCCAAUACAUAGGAUUACCCCUCAAUGGAAACUUAGAGGAAUUUGACAGAGUCACUAAAAAUACUCAAAAGCUGUCUCCUAAACCAAUGACUGUUCUGACAUCCCUCUUCAAGAUGAAGGAUGAUGUCACCAACCUUGAUCUGAGGCUCAAAAUCUCCAAAGAAGAGAAGAACCUUGGCCUGUUCUUAGUGAAGCACCGACAAGAGUUAACCAAAGCAUCUGGUCCAGAACCACUUAGACCAUACCAGGACUUCAUCAUGGAUUCUAGAGAAGCCAACACAAACUCCAAGAUUUAUGAGCUUCUAAAAUACCAAGGAGAAGAACAUCUUCUGAAAGAAAUGCAGCAAUGGACUGUCCCUACUUUCCCUGUUAGUGGCCAUGACCUCAGGAAGAUGGGAGUGUCUUCUGGGAAAGACAUUGGAGCUGCCUUACAGCAGUUGCGGGAGGAGUGGAAGAAGAGUGGCUACAACAUGGAUAAAGAGGAGCUACUGAGUUGCCUCCAGAAGUUGGAAAACUAAUAAUAGGGAAGGCCUUGUGUGCUACUGUAUGUGUAACUGAGACUCUCAGCAUUGGCAGGGGUAAGACAGCACCUGCAACAUGGAACACCUUCAGAGAGCAGGGUUCUGCUGCUCUUAACUGAGCAUUUCCACAAGGAGAGCUUAAAUUCUCUACUACUGUAAAACUUAUUCUGCCACAUUUCAUACCCUUUCCCUGUCUCUGCUGUAUUUGGACGGAAAACGUCACUAACUUGGCUGAACUCGGGGGCAAGAC